AGCAGCCGAAAAGGCUGCACGUCUUAGCGGAGAGUCGGCUUCCGCACACGCGAAGAAGCGAAACCUCCAGGAGGCCAUAGCCACACUCGACGAGGACAACAUUCGCCUGCGUAAGAAGCUCGACUUGGUAAAGUACCAGAGCGACAAGCAAGAAAAAAGGUUGACACUCCUCCUGCAGGAAUACGAAGAGAUGAUGAAUGGAAAGCCCGGAAAGUCAGCAGCCGCCAAAUUACCCUCGAGUUACCCAAUAAAAAAGGUUCAUCCUCGAACAAAGCACGGCUUUUCGAAUUCACUCACGCUUCGAUAGUAGCUCACCCAAACUUUCUUUUUUAGCGUACCUUCAUACGCUUACACUAUAAUAUGCACACAUAAAUAUUAGCAUACACGUAUGUACACACGCUAUACGUAAUCAUUAUAUUAUGGCCAUCCGCAUCUCAGAAAAUCAUCAGACUGGAAAAUCAGCUGCACCGGGUGAGCGUAAUGCAGAUGGAGGCGGACACGGUGCGCAAAAAGUACCGGGCCGUCAGGUCCAGUUUGAAGGCGGACGCCUCCUUCUUCGCCUCCUGUCUCAACGGCCUCGAGGAGAGCAUCCACGAGCAGGAGAACGAGAUUAACCGACUGCAGAAAGUCAAGGCGGAGGCGAUCGAGCUUAGGGACACCACGAAGGAGACUCUGACCAAGCAGGAGAUACAGGCGAUGCACACGAGCAAAGAGCGCGAAACUGUCAUACAGGAGUAUAGAAAACGAGUGGAAGAUCGAAAAAUGGAGCUCGAGCGCCUGGAGCGCAUGAUGUUCCCGUCAACGAAACCGAUGCCCCGAGGCGACGACUUCGAGACGACGACGAGUCGAAGCAAAUGGCAGAUAGCCGACAAGGACGUGCCACAGGCGGAGGUCGACCGACUCGAGGAGGUGUUCGUGAAGCUGCGCAACGCUACCGGAGUCUCCAGGACCGAAGACGUGCUCAACAGGUUCCUGGCGCAACGGGCCACCAAGGAGAAGCUCAAGAAGAUGCAGACGGCCACAGAGGAGGAGAAGAUGCUCUUGGAGAAGAAGAGGCAGCAGCUCACCGCCGAGAUCGAGAUGCAGAAGUUCUCGGAGACUAAGGACGCCGAUCAGUGAGUUAUCGGUUGUACUAGUCCUGUCUGCUAUAACGAAAGCGUAAAGUUAAAAAUCGGUUGCGGUGCAUGCAAUGCACUCGUGAGGUACGUAGAUAGCAAAAACGCGCUGAAGAGCGCUGAUGCGUCGUACGUGCACGAGGAGGAAGAAGCUUCUGAAAAAUAAAAGACACGUUUUAUUGUGCUUCGUGACGCCGUUUUCUAGAACAUUCGAAUUGUACGAUAUUUCAUGGACGUAUGGCAUAAUCAACGGAAAAAAUCGUCCAAGAAUGGCAUGCUCUUAUUUUGAAAAAUUCAUCUAUAACCCUAAAAAUACGUCUAGAAAACGCAGGUUCGUCAAGGGUUUAAUCUGUGAUACAGAAACGCAGAGAAGCUUGAAAAGCUGAACAAGCAGAUCGAGGAGCAGCAACAGAGGCAGGCCGACGCGGCGGAGAAGCUUAACGAGUUUCACGAAUU